UAGUUGCUGUGUGUUUCAAUCUCUGAGAGUAUAACUCUCGAAACACGACACCAUUUUCGAUCUGAUUAGUGUUGUCACUUUUCAUCUGCAACAAGACGCGCACACCACACCCCCUCUCUAUCUAAUCCCCUGUCUCUAUCUCUUAUCAAAAGUAUACAAUAAUACAAAUAAUCAUACUCAAAGUAUUUUAGGCGGUGGACCUCUCAAUAUCUGCUUUUGCACUGCCCGAUUUGCUCAACUAACUUUCCCCAUUUCUCCCUCAGUCAGACUUGUGAUUUCUCAGUGGUUGUGUGAUGAUUUAAGUGGGUGACCUCCUACUGGUAAUUGAUCUGAGGAGCAGCUUUUUGGAAUGGCUAUGGUUAGCAAGACCAGAAAUAUGCUGGACGGUUUGGUUAAAGACGGGUCAUUUAGAUGGUUGACUAAAACCCCGAGCUCACUUGAUGAUGAUUUAGAUGAGAAGGGGUCUUUAUCCACUGGCAAGAGCUGGUUGCCAGAGCUAUCUCCUGCUGCAAAUGUAGUUAUCCGAAAAUGUUCAAAAAUACUUGGUAUUUCCAUGAAUCAACUUGAAGAAAACUUUGAUGUGGAGGCUUCUGAAUCCAUAAAGCACAAAUCUCAGUACGCGAGGAACUUCUUGGAAUACUGUUGCUUCAGGGCUCUUGCCUUGUCUAUACCAGUGAAUGGUUACCUAGGCGACAAACAGUUUCGACGCCUUACAUUUGACAUGAUGGUUGCAUGGGAGUUUCCAGCAGCUUCUAGUCAGCCUUUUGCCAGUAUGGAUGAAGAUGCCACUGCUGGACUAGAGGCUUUCUCUCGUAUUGCUUCAGCAGUUCCUAUAAUUUCCAAUGCCAUAGUUACUGAUAGCAUUUUCGGUGUGCUUGCGUCAUCAACAGGCGAUCGACUUCUAUUCUCAGUCUAUGACAAGUACCUGACUAAUUUGGAAAGGGCAAUUAAAAAAUUUAAGAAUCAGUCAGAGUCAUCCCAUCUGUCCGCCUUACGUACAGCAAGAGGGGAGAAAAUUCUGGAGCUGGAUGGGACCGUGACAACCCAGCCGGUGCUUGAACAUGUGGGAAUUUCUGCAUGGCCUGGCCGGCUAACUUUGACAGAUCAUGCUCUCUACUUUGAGGCACAUCGUGUUGUGUCUUAUGACAAGCCAAAGAUAUAUGAUCUAUCAGAUGAUCUGAACCAGAUCGUUAAACCUGAACUAACUGGACCAUGGGGCACAAGACUCUUUGAUAAAGCAGUCUCGUACAAAUCAGUUUCCUUGUCAGAACCAGUGAUAAUGGAAUUUCCUGAGCUUAAAGGACAUACACGUCGUGACUAUUGGUUAGCCAUUAUUCGGGAAGUUCUACAUGUGCAUCAGUUCAUACUUAAGUUCCAGAUUACUGGAAUAGAGCGGGAUGAGGCGCUUCUGAAAGCUAUAUUUGGCAUAUUGCGAGUACAGGCCCUAAAAGAUAUGAGCUCCAAACAUCCACUUUGUUAUGAGGAUCUUCUUAUGUUCAAUGUAUGUGAUCAGCUUCCCGGAGGAGACCUUAUACUAGAAACAAUUGCAAAUAGGUCAACUGUGAGGGCACUGGAGCGAACAAACUCUCCCAAACCUAGAAACAGAAUGUACUCAAUUUCGACUUCAGCCUUGGCUUCCAACCUGGGGUUAGUUUUCGGGACAAGUUCUCAUGUUCCUAAUGAGACAGGAAUUGUUGUGGGUGAAAUUUGUGUGGGGGAGAUGACUCCCUUGGAAAAAGCAGUUAAGGAAUCCAGAAGCAACUAUAAAAAGGUGAUGCAAGCACAAGCUACGGUUGAUGGAGUGAAAGUUGAUGGUCUUGACACCAACUUGGCAGUUAUGAAGGAAUUGCUCUCUCCUAUGAUGCAGCUUGGAAAUUGGAUUCUUCUUCUGGCUUACUGGGAAGACCCUUUGAAGUCCAUAAUUUUCUGCUUGGUUUUCUCAUACAUUAUUGUCAGGGGAUGGCUGUGCUAUGCCUUUGCACUAUUGCUCACUUUUUUUGCUGUCUUUUUGGUAAUAACUCGCUGUUUAAGUCAAGGCAAAACAGUUGAUGAACUAAAAGUAGUGGCUCCACCUCCAAUGAAUGCCAUGGAGCAACUUUUGGCUGUUCAAAAUGCAAUAUCUCAAGCCGAAGAACUAAUCCAGGAUGGAAAUGUAGUUCUCCUCAAAAUUCGCGCUUUACUACUGUCCAUCUUCCCACAGGCAACAGAGAAGUUAGUGGGUGCUUUUUUGGCGUCGGCACUAGUUCUGGCAUUCUUACCUUCGAGAUGCAUAAUCCUUCUGACUUUCCUGGAACUCUUCACAAGAUAUUCACCUAUUCGGAAAGCAAGCACAGAAAGAUGGACUAGGAGACUAAAGGAAUGGUGGUUCAGUAUCCCGGCGGCUCCUGUAGUUCUUGAAAGAGCCAAAGAAGACAAAAAGAAGAGAUGACGAAAAGUUUUUUGUAUAUGAUCAAAGGUGACACAGAGCAAUAUCCUAGAAUGCCCAGUGGUUGUAAAUUUGUAAUAUAAUAUAUGAGAGAGAUUAAAGAUGCAACGGCAUUGGCUUUCAUUAGUGUCUGUUGUUGGUGCUGUAUCACUGUUUCUGGGUAUAUUGGAAACUUAUUGUGUGUUGUAUCCUACUAAGUACUAAUCAUGGGUUAUAGAUUGGAUUUCUUUAUC